GAUGGGUCCGAUAUUUUUCACUCCAUAGAAGCCAAGAAUCCAAGCUUUUCCCUGCCACUUAACCCAGCACUACCCAGAACCGACACUAUCUUCUGUGAAAGUAAAGUUUUUUACAUAUAUCUAUAUUCUAUCAGAAGGAAAGAUGCCUACUUUAUAUACAACUUCCAUGUGAAGGCUGAUAAAAUAAAGCAAUCUCUCUCUCUCCCUCUGCCUAAGAUGCAUUCAUGUGUAGAAUUGUAGAUACAUGGCAGGGAGAAGAGAGAGAAUGGUCGACUCCACUGUAUGAAACAAUUCCUGUUCCUUUUCUCUUUAUGUUCAGUGCAUCUUCUUAGUGCCUGACGCUUCUGUAGUCACUACGGACCAGAGGGACGAUAUCUUCAGAAUCUUGUGUUGCAGCACAACCUGGUUAUGGGAACUAAAGAAAUAGCUAUUGAGAGCUUGGACGCUGAUAUUUACGUCACUUUGGGCCUUGAAGGAUCAAGCAAUGCUGUUCCGGGGAGCCUUCGGAUUUUAUCCCUUCUUUCUUCGCUUCUUGAGAGAACUGUUCAUAAAAAUGAGAUGUUACUUGAGACAACAUCAGUUAAGGAUGUUGUUACCAUAUUUCAUGGUCUAAGAGCACCUAAUAUAAGCAUCCGGCAGUAUGUUGAUCGUAUCUUCAAAUAUUCUGGCUGCAGUCCCUCCUGCUUUGUUGUGGCACACAUUUAUGUUGAUAGAUUUCUUCAACAAACUGACGUUCGGCUGACUUCCCUUAAUGUUCACCGGCUUCUUAUAACUAGUCUUAUGGUGGCAGCAAAAUUUAUCGAUGAUGCAUUCUUUAACAACGCAUACUAUGCAAAAGUUGGAGGAGUAAGCACACGAGAGUUGAACAGGUUGGAGGUUAAGCUUUUGUUUACGCUAGAUUUCAGACUUCUAGUAAGUGUCGAUACGUUCAGAACGUACUGUUAUCAGAUGGAAAAAGAAGGUGCAGAAUGGCAUCAGAUUGAAAGGCCAAUGCAAGCAUGUAGAAUCAAAGAUAAUUGGUCGAAGAAAGAUGAUUCUACCACUUGUGCUUCCACAGUUGCUAGAUGAAGAUACAUAUUGCGUCAAUGUAUCCUUGCAGUUCCACAUUCUGUUAAAUACACACUAUGGUUCAAACUUCAACCAUGCAGAUGUUAAGAUGUUGCAGGGCACUCCUACCGACAUGUUUGAGCCAUUGCUGAUUUGAGCUUGCCCUAGGAUUAGAUCUUUGUUAGCGUGCUUUUGUUUUAGGCCCUGUAUCUCCCUCUAGUUUCACGCUUUCUGCUGUUUGGGUCUGGGUCUUACUGCAUGCAAAAGCAUGAAUAAUAUGUAUGAUUCUGUGUCCUCAUACCACUUUGUGUUUACUCAAGAUUUCAUUGGGUUGCAUUAUUUGUUCAUAUGAUUCUAUUUAA